AUGUCUAACAAAACUUAUAAUGAUCUUUUAUGUGAUACAUCAGAAUUAAUUGUUGAAGCGACUCAAGCUGAUGAGGCGGUUUUUGAAGCAGGUAGCACAGAACGAUCAACGUUUCAACCAUUGCUGUCUGAACUACGAGUGCGCUAUACAUCGCUACUUUCUAGACUGGAUACAAUAUAUGAUCAGUUAUUGCAGCCACAAAAGCGCUUGAUUGUCAAACGACUGCUGGAAGCCUGUCUGGGAAGACUGCUGGAAAUAAAACACGAUCUUGUAGAACUUCAUUUAUCGGAUUUCACUUAUGACGAUGAUGAGUCACUUCACAAACUUGGAGUCACGCCUCAUGAAGCUGAGCCCUGUGUACCUCAAUAUUUCGUUCGAGAAAGGGAGGAUGAAGUGGAAAAACGUCGCAUUUUUAUCACAGAAACUCUUCGCAAACUUGGAUAUGAGCCGCCUAAGCCGAAACCAUUAGUUCUAACAGAACAGCAAGCUGUGAUAAUCAUUCAAAGUCACGAGAGAGCUAGACAAGGACGGUUGAGAGGGCAGUUCAUGAAAGAAAUUCGCCUCCUAAAGGAAAAAGGUCGGGACCAAAAAGGCGAAAUGUCAGCGUCAGCAGCAACUGCCAUUCAAAGGGUUUGGCGAGGUUUCAUAGCCAGAAGAGCGACUCGAAAGAGAAAACAACAAGAGCAAUUUUUGAUUGGGAUGGAAUUACCUUCAUAUACAGAGUCGGCCGCUUUAUUUAGAGCGGAAGAAGUUAAAAGUUUACGUCGAUCGCUACAAAAAGAACGUGAUGCAGAAUAUCAAGAGGCUUUAGUAAAAAUAGAAGAACAACUUCGAGCAUAUCAUGGUGUUAAAAUAAAUGAGCGCAUCGGUGAUGAGCUUAGGAGGUGGAUAACAGAAUAUUAUGAGAGAACGGGAAAAUUUCCAGAUUUUCCUUCCGAAGAGGGUGGUGGAAGCAGAGCAAUGUUUAGUAGACAAGGAACUGGACUUGAUACUGAACUAAGUAAAUCUUCUCCUGUAUCUUCAAAAGAUUCAAAGAAAAGUAAAGAAAGCAAAGAUAAAAAGAAUAAUAAGGCCGAGGAGAGUAAAAGUAAAGAUGAAGCUGAAGACUUAAAGAACUUUAAAUGUAGUACAUCCAUAUUUCUAAAAGAUAUGGUAGACGCGAAUGAAGAGUACGAGGAUAUAUGGAAAUUUAGCGAAGAUGAAAUUAUUCAACAUGAAAAAUGUGAUAGAGAUAUGAUCGAAAGAGAAAAAAUGGUAAAAUUGGAACAAGAGAUAAGGAAAGUAGUUGAUGAAUUGAUGAGGAGUGAACUUGAGCUCUUACAAGCAGCUUUUGAUAGAGACAGAGCACAUAAAGGAAAAAAAACUAAGAAGCCACAAAAGAAAGUACGGCGUGGUGGUAAGAAAAGUAAAAAGAAGAAAGAAAAAGAUUUAACACCUGAUAGAUCUACUGAGUCCCUAUUUGAAGAGUUAGUUACUAAUGGAAUCAUCCGUCCCUAUCCGGUUGUUAAAAUAGAUGAUUUUAUUGGUGAAAAAAGUUACGUGGGGUCAGAUUGGAGAAAUCAGGGUCGAGAACCUAGUCCAUGUUUAGGUGAUAUACGUCAGCUUAUAAAAGAAUAUUGUAUACUUCCUUUAGGAUCUGAAAAUGUAAGAGCAAAUGCGCCAGUGGUCAGAUCUGUCCUUAUUGCAGGUCCUUCCGGAAGUGGCAAAAAAAUGCUGAUCCACGCUAUAUGUAGCGAAACGGGGGCCAUGUUGUUUGACUUAACGCCCGCAAAUAUAGUUGGAAAAUAUCCAGGAAAAACAGGCCUCAUAAUGUUAAUACAUCUUGUUAUGAAAGUAUCAAGACUUCUUCAGCCAUCAGUAAUAUGGAUGGAUGAAGCUGAAAAACCUUUUGUUAAGAAGAUACCAAAGACUGAUAAAACAGACCCAAAAAGACUGAAAAAAGAUCUGGUGAAGAUUAUAAAAGGAAUUUGUCCGGAAGAUAGAGUAUUAUUUGUUGGAACAUCUAGAACUCCUUGGGAAGCUGAGCAAAAACUUUUAUUUCAAUGUUAUGCAAAAGUAAUACAAAUCCCAAGAGCCGAUUAUGGAAGUAUAUCAUUGAUGUGGCGAACUAAGCUUCACAAAGCAGGUGCUCUGUCUCCAAAAUUAGAGCUGUCGUGCCUAUCAAGAGUUUCUGAUUCUUAUACUAUAGGUAGUUUAUUAUCUGCAUUGGAUUCUGUAUUAACAACUAAAAGGCGGCUACAGUUACGAGUAAGAGCUCUCACUGCCCAAGAAAUAGCUGUACAGUUAAGUGCUCUUGAACCUGUGUAUGCAGAACAAGAUGCAGCAGCAGAGUCCUGGUGGUUAAAAACACCCAUGGAGAGACGUCGACAGAGAGUUUUGCAGAGACUUUUGGAAUUGGAGCAAGAGAAUGAAGAACGGGCUGCCGCUGGGAAA